CAAAUUUUUGUAAAGAAUAAUGUUAUUUUAGUAGAGUUUCCGUAUAAUUGUGAUAAAAAAAGAAGAAAAGAAAAGAAUUUUUUUUUACUGCCGCAUAAUUCUAUGGCCGUUGUACAGCAGACAGCAGUAAAAUGGAUCAAGAUCCACGGCAAAAGAUCAGGCUGUUAAAUAGAAAACCCGUCUGUACAGAGUUGGCGGGGUUAACUCUGUGUAGCAUAGGAGUAUCGUAAUACCACAAUCCGAGCUCAUCAUCGUUCUCAACGCUCCGAAUUCUUUUCCUCUGUUGUAGUUUUGGCUGGAACAAGUUUUGUGGGGGGAUAGAAUAAUAUGCUCAAAGCUAUACAGAUUCUGGGUUGUUGUUCAUCUGGGUUUGUCUGGAAACCCCGAAGCAGUGGUGGGCUUUCCUUCAUUUCAGUCUCUGCUAAACCAUUAACAUAUUCUUUAUCUUCAGGAAGAGCAACAAGAAUGGAUUCUUCGUUCUUGCCCGAGUUUUCACCGCGCAGGACUCGUUCUCUAAGGGCAUUUCGUGCGUCCUCAGCUCGCUCCGAGUCAAACCCAGAUGGCCGUAACGCUUCAUCAUCGUCGGUUGCAGUUCAGUCUUCAGCAGUGAGUUUUUCUGUUUCUAUUAUGCAGGGAAACGUCCGUAAGAUCAAUUUCUGUCAGUGGUGUGGUGGCCCAACAAAGCAUGAGAUACCUGAUGGAGAGGAGAAGAUGAGACCUAUUUGCACAGUUUGUGGGAAAAUUGCCUAUCAGAACCCAAAAAUGGUUGUGGGUUGCCUCGUUGAGCAUGAUAACAAGGUCCUACUUUGCAAGCGGAAUAUUCAACCAUCUUUUGGUCUUUGGACUCUUCCUGCUGGUUACAUGGAAAUAGGGGAGUCUGCUGCAGAAGGGGCAAUCAGGGAAACCUGGGAAGAAGCAAAUGCAGAAGUAGAAGUGCUGUCUCCUUUUGCUCAAUUGGAUAUUCCUCUUAUUGGCCAGACUUAUAUAAUCUUCUUGGCAAAUCUCAAGAAGCCACAGUUCUCACCAGGCCCAGAAUCAUCAGAAUGCCAGCUUUUUGCCCUUGAUGAUAUACCUUUUAAUUCCCUGGCAUUUUCAUCGAUGCUGGUUACCUUAAAUUUGUAUGUUGAAGAUGUUAAGGCUGGAAAACCCAAGUUCCACUAUGGUACAAUCAAUAAGAGGCCUGGCACAAGUCCUUCUGAUAUUCAUGCCUUUACUCUUGAUUAUCAUCUUCAGUCUUGACAAGAUGUGGCUGGGGCCUGGUUGUCAUUUGAAAAUGGGAACCAAGAGAAACUGAAAGCACAUUAAUUUGGUCAAGUUGGAAAAUGUUUGUGCAUGCGUAGAGAAUCAAAUAGAAGCUUCACUGACUUUGAAAUCCGUUCAUCUCAUCUGAAUUCAACACCAAAUCCGUACGUGACAUAUCUAUUUGAGGAGGUGAGAUCCAAUUCAGAGUAUAUAUAUAUAUUCCAGAAGCAAAUGCAAUUCAAUGAGGUUGGAGUACUGGGGUGAUGGCGCCAGCUUGUCUUGUCUUUCCCAAGAAGAUUCAAACAAACUAUUAUUAUUCGAAUAUAUGGACAUCCUCCCGUGGAAAACUUGUAAACAUUGAACAGAAAUUCAAAAUUGGCAUCUAAUUGGUGCAAGUAAUUAAUGAGGAAUGUUUUCCGGCCUUGUCAAAC